AUGCCGAUGUUCAGCUGCUUCGGAGAGGCCUGGACCUUCAUUACCAGUCUCGUAAUGGGUGUUACCAUGGUGAUGGGUGUAAGCGCCGUAACAUCAGCCCCAAGUUAUAUGUUAAAUUACUACAAAUACGUUCUGGGAGAUGAAGAUGCCGAACCAAAACAUGAAAAAUUCUGGCAAACCGUCCUUACAUUCUACGUUGUUGUGACAAUGGUUACACAAACAAUAUUUGAGCCGGUGAAUCUGACCACUUUUUGCUGCCGUUUCUCACUUGGAUUUCGCAUAUCAGCUUCAUGUGCGCUGAUGCUUAUCGAGUUACUCGUUAUUUUGCUUGUACCAGUAUUUCCCAAUGUUUCAGAAACCGGAGCGAUUGUGGCUCUUAUGAUGAUGGCCUUUGUGGGUGGAGUGGGACGUGCAUUUUAUGAAAACACGGGUUACGCAUUAUUUGGACCUUGUCCCCCUAUUAUGACUUCUGGGUUUGUUAUUGGUGCUGCUAUUUCUGGUCUAUUCACAUCCAUUCUGGAGAUUAUUAUUAAGGCAUCCAUGUCAGAGGAAUAUGAGUCUGUAAAGAUUCAGUCAUAUAUUUAUUUCAGCAUUGCUAUUGCAGUGAUCGUUCUAACAGUGAUCAUGUACUUUAUUCUAUCAAAGAAUUCUUUUGCUAAGAAGUAUGUUGCUGAAUUUCGUUCAAAACGUGGAUUCUGUGCCAAUAUUUACCGUAAGUCUAAGAAAACUGUGACCCCGGAUGCAAAUGAAGAUGAAAUUGAGGAUUAUGUUGGAAAUGGUGUGACGAAUGAGGAACACUCCGCUGCUGGGGUGGUGCAGACCAAGGAAGAAGAAGUUGAAGAACUCACCACAGCAGAAUUGAUUCAGUCUGUAAAGCUUUGGCCUGUGAUUAAGAAGAUCUAUGCUAUGCAAUUCUCAUGCUUCUUCACAUACUUUACCUCAUAUCUUCUCUUCCCUGGUGUGAUGCUUGCGGUGGACUAUGAUGAUGCGUGGUAUGGAACUAUUGUUAUGGCCAUCUUUAACGCAGCUGAUCUCACUGGUCGAUUAAUGUGCUUAAUUAAGUGUUUAUGGCCUCCUCGUCGGUGGGUUGUCAUUGGUACACUGUUGCGACUCCUCCUGUAUCCCUUGAUGAUUCUCUGUGCAACUCACCACAUCCCCACACAUGCUGCUGCGUAUGUACUCACGGCAUUGGCAGGCAUCACGAACGGAUAUUUUGCGACAAUUUCUAUUACUUAUGCACCGGAAUCGGAAGGUAUUAACACGAAUGGAGAACGAGCGUUGGCUGGCCAGGCUACUGGUGUUUGUCUUCUUUUUGGUGUUUCUACUGGUUCUCUUCUUCAACUGGCUGUUAUGCUUAAGCUUUAA